AUGGUCACCCUGCAGCGAAAAGGAGCCUAUGUGGUCGACGUGAAGACCUACCUGAUGCCAAAUGGCACCUGUACUCUCUGUUCCAACCCUCUUCAAGGCAACAGGCUGCAGAAACUGCCAGUCUCUGCAAUUGACUGGCAUCCAUUCAUCCAAUGCAGUGCUGAUCUCUACAGCAAUUUUGACACCACUGUUAGCUCACUGAUGAACACCUACACCUCCCAGCACAUUCGUGAGUGGAAGGCUAGCCUAAAUUUAAGUCAGUUUGCAUCUGCCGGCCUGGAUGUGGGAGGAACACGUUCCUUUGUGUAUAAAUUUGCUACAGAUAGGACCAGACCGGACCACUACACCUUCAUCACUCACAGCGCCACCUGUAGCCGUUACAGGUUCCGUGUGGCAACCAGACCUCCCCUCAGCCCUGAGUUCAGAGAGGAUUUGGCAAAUCUGCCAAGUUACUACAGUGCCUUUACCAAGGCUGAAUACAAUCAGCUUAUACAUACCUACGGCACACACUACAUCCGCCAGGUUCAUCUUGGGGGGAGGUUCAGGCGAAUCACAGCUGUACGAACUUGUUUGGCCACACUGAAUGAACUCAAUUCGCUUAAGGUAACCAACUGCUUGUCAGAGGGUCUCUCUGUCAGCCUUGGGAAGCGUGAAUCACCCAAUGAUGGGUCGUGCAGCAAUGUCCUACAAAACAAGGAUGUCAAAACCUUGUAUGACUUCGGACUCCACCGACACCACACAGAGGUGACAGGAGGCACUGGAUGGAUGGGAGAGUUUUCACUCACUCGUGAUGCCUCCCACAGCUACAACACUUGGCUGGAGACGCUCAAGGAUCAGCCUGAUAUUGUUGAGUAUUACCUUAGGCCAGUGUAUGAGCUGGUGCCAAAUGGCAUACAGAGGAUUGGGAUGAAGACAGCCAUAGAGCAGUACUUAAAGGAAAACACUGUGAAGACCUCACCGUCAGAACAAGUUUGUGGGUCAAGCAGUCCUAACCUGGCUCCCAACUGCUGCCCUAAAGAGCCCAAGAAAGGGACAUUAGUGGUGACUCACAUCCAAGCCUGGGACCUGUAUGGAGAUGACUGGAGCACAACUGACAGGAUACAGUGCCAUGCAAAAGUUUGGGCACGUCCUCAUCACAAAAUUCAGCAUCUGAAUUUUGCAGUGAGGACACAGGACAGGUUUUCUUCCGAGGACUCUUCCAUGAAGGCCAUAUUUGUGCAGGUGUUGCUGAACAGUUGA